AUGUUGCUCGACGAAAACCCCUCUACGCUCAUCCAUCACACAAUCGGCAAUUUCAAUAUCGCGCCCGAUAAACAAGCUGUCUCCCGCAUCAAUGACUCCCUCGCGACUCUCCAGCAGUCCCGCGAGCUACGCAUGCGCGAGGCCGAGUCCGCCCUCCGCAAACUGUCACGCCACCUCCAGUCGCUAAACACGCAACAUGAAGAAGCCGUCGCCGCCCACGACGCGAGCAAACACGCCGCCGCCAUGGUCGAGCUGGACACAAAGAAAUUCCGCAUUGCCAAGGCCGCAUCGGAGCUCGAGAUUGAGAGCGAGCGCCUUGAAGGCGAACUGGAGAUGUUAAAGGAGAGACUGGCAGAUCUAGAGGCGCAAGGUCUUGAAGGCGAUGAGACCACCCGAAGGGAGAGGGAGGCUGAUGAUGCUAUACUACUGCGUUUGAAGAUCUACCGGGCAUUAGGCAUUGAUAUCGAACCCGACGAGGUAGGGAACUUCACCAAGGCUGUCAUCCGCAACAGUCGCAAGGGCGAUGUCCACGUCGUCAACCUGGAUCCGAAGUUCUCCCGCUUUUUCUACUCCAACUAUUUCUGGUCGACUAUGCAGGGCUGA